AUGGAGAAGCUUCUUAACCCGUACGAUAAGCAGUACAUGAAAAUGGCUAUGCUUAAACACGAAGAAACUUUCAAGCAACAGGUAUAUGAACUUCAUAGGUUAUAUCAAGUCCAGAAGAUAUUGAUGAAGAACAUGAAGAUCAACAAGAGCAAUAAUGUAAAUUCAGGAUUUGGAAGUUUCAUCAGAAGAGUUGACAAUGAAGUGGAAUUGAGCCGGCCAGGGAAUUUUCCCGGCGGAGGGGAGUCCGGUGGUAACAUUAUAGAGAUUAUGGACGAGAGUGAGAUUGAGUUAACGCUGGGGCCGUCGUGUUACAGUGGUGAUGGUGAUUUGACGAGGAGGAACAAGAAGAAGAAGAAGAAUUCUUUGCCGGAGAUGAUGGACGGAAACUUAAAUUCUAGCCGCCGGAGUUUCUCGUCGUCUUCGACAGGAUCAAGCAAUAACAAUAACAACAAUCUUGAAGAACAAGUUAGGCAAGAGAGAUUGAUGAAACAUCAGAAGCAGAAGCAGCCAUGGCUUCAAGCAUUGACCUUGAAUGUUAUUUGA